AUGUCACUUUUUAUUGGAACAAAGGAAGUAAAAGGGUUCACCAUUGAUGAGCUCUUUGUUUGUGCUGAGUCUUCCUCAAACAUAAAUAAAGUUAUGAGAAAAGAACGCUCACGUCGACAAAAAAUAAAUGAGUUUCUUACCUGGGUUCAUAUAAAUUUAGAUAUUGAUAUCACUGCACUUGAGGGUGCUCACAACUAUGAUGAACAAAAAGUAUACGAAUAUCUUUUGAAGAACGGUGAACUGGUGAAAAAAGGGAACGAUGCUCAUGCAAGGCAAACAAAAGCACGAAUGUCAGCCGGGGGG